GAAACUAAAUUAAAUUACAUGGAAAUGUGUGUGUCUCCAGCCAAUAACCCUUGUGCCUGGAUGAGGCUCAAUGCAGCGUGGUGGCUGAGUCUGAGCGCAGGCCCUUCCUUCUCUUGCAGUGGAACCUGGUAUGCGAGGACGACUGGAAAGCCCCGCUGACCACCUCCCUCUUCUUCGUGGGGGUCCUCAUCGGCUCCUUCAUCUCGGGGCAGCUCUCGGACAGGUUUGGCAGGAAGAAUAUCCUUUUUUUGACGAUGGCCGUGCAGACUGGCUUCAGCUUCCUGCAGAUCUUCUCUACCAGCUGGGAGAUGUUCACAGUGCUCUUUCUCAUAGUGGGGAUGGGACAGAUCUCUAACUACGUGGUGGCCUUCAUACUGGGAACAGAAAUUCUUGGCAAAUCAGUUCGUAUUAUAUUCUCUACAUUAGGAGUUUGCAUAUUUUUUGCAAUUGGCUACAUGUUGCUGCCACUGUUUGCUUACUUCAUCAGAGACUGGCGGAUGCUGCUGCUGGCGCUCACUAUCCCGGGGCUGUUCUGCGUCCCGCUCUGGUGGAUCAUUCCUGAAUCCCCUCGGUGGCUGAUCUCACAGGGAAGAUAUAAGGAGGCAGAAGUUAUUAUCCGAAAGGCUGCAAAAAUAAAUGGUGUUCCAGCCCCAGCCGUGCUUUUCGACACUGCAGAGAUGCAGGAUUCGAAGCCUCAGCAGCAGCAGAAGGCUAUCCUUCUGGACCUAUUUCGAACCCGAAACAUUGCAACUAUUACUAUUAUGUCAUUACUUUUGUGGUUUUUCACAUCAGUUGGUUACUUUGGCCUGUCCCUCAGCACUCCAAACUGGCAUGGAAAUGCCUACAUCAACUGUUUCCUCUCGGCUGUUAUUGAAGUUCCAGCUUAUGUGAUUGCCUGGCUUCUCCUCCGCUCCCUCCCUCGGCGCUACUCCUUGUCUGGCACCUUUUUUUUAGGGGGAGGUGUUGUCCUCUUCAUUCAGCUGGUUCCUGCAGAUUUUAACAUCCUCUCUGUUGGCCUGGUGAUGCUCGGGAAGUUUGGCAUCACAGCUGCAUUUUCAAUGCUUUAUGUCUAUAACGUGGAGCUGUACCCAACGCUGGUGCGAAACAUGGCAGUCGGAGCUACUUCCACAGCUUCCAGGCUGGGCAGCAUCAUUGCUCCUUACUUCGUUUACCUGGGUGCCUACGACAGAUACCUGCCGUAUAUCCUGAUGGGAAGCCUGACUGUGCUGAUCGGGAUCCUCACCCUGUUUCUCCCAGAGAGCUACGGCAAUCCCCUGCCCGAGAGCUUUGAGCAAAUGCUGAAGGUGAAAUGUUUCAGAAAUGGGCAACAAACCACUGGCAUUAGGAAUUCAAAGGAGAGUCCUAAAACUGUGGUAACACCCUUGUGAAGAAGGAUGCACACUCUCAGAGGGACUGAAAGAAGAACAAGAUCUUCUCAAAAUGUAUUUUCUGCCAGAAGAAAACAAACCAAACCCAACAGUCAAUGCUACUGCACCAUAGUUGUUAUUCCCUGUGCUACUGUACCCAAACACAUAGUUUACUCAACAGCUGCUGUCUACUCCCAUAGGGCUCUUAGUCUGUAAUUCAGUGUCCUGACACCUGGGGUUUGUCAGCAGAUACAGUCCCUGUUGAGAAAUGGGGGCCUGCAUGUGCUGAACGUGAUUGAUUUGAGGAGUUAAGCUUGAAAUGAGCCUUAGGAAUAAUGCAGCAGAGACUCCACUUGGUCAGGUUCUCAAUGAAAGCUGCUUAAAGGAGGGGGGAAAAAAAAAAAGAUGGCAAACGUUGGCUUGCUGGUGGUUUCUCUGGCUCUGUAUGUUCACUGGAUGAAGGGGAGCUGGGUGUCUGUCUUUGAAAAUCUCAGCACGUGCCCCUAAAGGAAAGAUCCUGGCCUCCUUUGAAAUCUUGGACCAAAGCCCAAUAGAUUAAGUCCUUUCAGAAUUUAGUUGCAGCAAAGCAGACGUAGACUUCGCUGUAAGGACAUGGUUUUUAAACAAGACAUCGAGCAUCUUCUGAUGUCACUUGCUUUUCCCAGGACCUGGGGUCCACUUGUCCCUGUAAAAACUGAUGCUUUUUCAUAAAGCCUGAGCCUGCUGAAAUCUGUGGGCUUCAUGAAUGUUCGGUGUCUUUGGGGAAGGGGGAAGCCUUUAACAUAGAAGGGACUACAGCAUGCUGACCUUCUGCUGGGCUGUGCCCACAUGCAAAAGAAACGCGGGCUUUAGCAAGUCAGUGAUGCUGUCCAAACCUGCCAUGCAGUUUUAGCUUUCAGGUUUUCCAUGGUAAAUUGGCAUAAGCAGUUUUUUAGAUCUUUUGGGGUUUUCUUUCAAAGCAUUUCAUUUCUCCUUUGAAUAUAUACCCCAUUGUUCUGUACCUUCAGAGAAAGCUCAUUGCAGUUUCAAAAGCUUCUGCAAAACCUUUCUACCAUUUACAGAUUUAAAGGGGAUUUGAUGCUUGCAAAAAUCUGAUCUUCUAUACUGGAGAUGUUCACCUGUAGCAGUUUUAAUAAAACACAAAAGGGCUAAUCUGGGACCACAGUUUUUUCAAAACAAACAAAAAAAAACCCACCAACAAAGUCAGUGUUUUGUAUUUCAAACCCUACAGGUUAUGUAUGCUUUUUUUUUUUUUUUUUUUAAAGUUCAGCAAAACUAGACUGGAUGAAAACAACUGUAUUGCUUAGAGUUGUGCUACUACUGUUUUAUGAACACUACAGAGUUUGAAAAAAAGUAUAAUACCUUUUGUUUUUCUAUUUAUUGGCUGUGCAUGCACUUCUUGGCCACGUAAAGUCUAUCAGACCUGUAGACUGAUUUUUAUCCUCUAUAAAUAACAAUUAGCUAUGAUUCACCUUCUGUAAGAGCCAACAAAAACACACUGUCUCAUCUCUAAUGUGAGAGUUCACGGCAGGUUGUCUUGUGCUGGCACUUGGCACAGGAAUGUGGCUCUCACUGUAAGUUCAAGAAUAAAUAUAAAGCUUUAUAUCAUUUAAAUGCAAGGAACUUGUGCAAUUAUCUCAAGCUGCUCUUUGGGUUGAGGAAAUACUAUUUGCUUUCAUGUUAAUUUUCUGCAGUUAUGCUUGUGCCAUAAAUGUAAUGUGGCAUGAGGCAACCAUUAUCCUGUGACCCCUGUCAUUCUCAUCCGUUCUCAAGCUGGAAUUUCUCUAAUAACAGCAGUAUUUAAUCUUGUUUUUACUUAUUACAAAGUUAAUCUAUGGAAUAGCUGUUUAGACAGCUAAAUUUCUCAAAAAAACCCUUUAUAUCAGCAUAGGACAGGUUUGGGGACUUGGUUAAAUAUAGGUGGCUGUAUUUUUAUGAAGAUUUUUAUAUUAAGUUGAUACUUAUUUUAUGUGAUCGUAGGCUUGGGUGUGUCUAAAAGGCAAAUAUUUUUGUACUCUUGAACUUUGUAGUAUCUUAAAACCUAGUUUUCUUUUUUUAAAAUAAGAAAAAGCGUUGUGUUUUUUUAAAUACCUUGUUUUAAUCAGUCUCAUUUUUCUUACACCAUUGAUCUCAAGCUAGUGUCACAUUUUAGUAUUUUUAAUGACGAAUUGAAAAAAAGACUCUUUUCACAAGAGCAGAAUGUCUUUCUGAGAAGUACAUGAUGUUGUUAAAAGGCCUUACAGUGUCUGCACAGAGUAAAAACAAGAGGAGGAGAUUGCAAAUGCUUCAUCAGCUGAAGCAUGGAGAAUUUUGUCCUCCACCAGUAUCUUUCCCAGACUCACAGGGGGAUUUCUGAAGAAUCCCAAAGAGCAGUAGUCUUCAGAGGAAUCAAACAGGGGUGAAUCUGGAGGGCAGUAGUGCCUCUUUCCUAGCGAGUUACUAUUUUUUUUUUAAUUGUAAAGCUGGAGAGGACAAGCACUGGUUUAGUAGCUGUUGAUGGAAAUUAGAAUUAUUGCUAGUGAGCUAUUUAAACCUCUCACUGCAACCCUCAGUGGAUUUUCUAUGUCAGAUACUCAGCGGGGCUCGGUGCAGGCCCUGUGUGCUCACACGCAUUGAGGGGGUUGUCCGUAAAGCUCUAACCUGGAGACGGGAGGGAAGCACCAGCUGGAUCACUCCCAGGGACGGCAGGGGCCGUUGCGCUGUGCCUCAUCUGUCACCUCUGUCACUUCGGUCUCUCUGUGUCACCUUGGAUCCUCAGCUGGCUUAUUGGGUCUGCUAAAGCAUAUAUGAAACUGUAGUUAAUUGUCACUCGUUAACUUCUCUCUUAAUUGUAAUAAAAACGUGCACUGGCAUUGUAUAACCUACUUUCUGUGUGGAUUGUAAUUGAAGAAUAAAGUCUCCUACCUUUAA